CUCCAGGCCAUGCGAAUAAAAAAAUAAGUAAAAUAGCAGACGCUCAAACAAAAUGGACAUUCCGGCAAGAGGACAGCUUAUUUAGGUUCUAUGGAUCACAUUUGAGGGAUGGUGACCUUCAAGGUCACAUGUACUGUCACUGUCAAAGUUAAAAGUAAUCAACAUCUAUUGGAUUUGUUGGAUUUCAAUUUCAUUUUCAUGCGUUGAUCGCGCGAUCGCGGGUGAUACGUGUAUUUAAAAUAAAAAUUAGGAUCAACAGGGUUUAAUAACAAAUUAGUUUAGUUAAAAGUAUAUUACAACCACCAAAAAUUACAAAAAUUUGGAAGUAGGAGCGAAUUUUAGAUAACCAGUAAAGCACCUUCAAUAAUCACUAUUGUGCAAACUUGUACUGAGCUGCAAAAUGGCGAAUUCAACCUCGGUUUCAGCACCUCUGGAUGAAUUUUGUGGGUCACCAUUCUGGAACUGGACGUUGAGUUGGAACACCACCGAUCCCGACAUAACGAAAUGCUUCGAGAAAACAGUGCUAGUAUGGAUUCCAUGCUUUUUCCUAUGGACGUUUGCCGCGCUCGAGGUGUACUACAUACUAAGUAGUAAAAAACGGAACGUUCCCUGGAACUGGUUCAACAUUAGUAAAUUGACUAUAAUAGUGGCGCUAAUCGUGUUGACAUUGGUGGAUUUAGUGACAGCGUUUAAAUCGGCCGCAUCUAGUGAGAGUGCCGUGUACAGUGUUGACAUUUAUUCGCCGUUGAUUAAGAUUUUUUCAUUUGCCCUAGCCACAGUCUUGCUGUACUACAACCGCAAACAUGGCCACCAAACAUCAGGACUGCUAUUCAUGUUUUGGUUUUUGCUGGCGCUUUUUGGCUCCAUACAAUUUCGAACUGAAAUUCGGGCAGCACAAAGCAGGGAACUGGAAGGAAGGGAUCAUUAUGAAUACAUCAGUUAUAUGGUGUACUACCCCUUGGUGCUACUUCAAUUGCUGCUCAACUGUUUUGCGGACAAGAAACCGUUGGAGAUGAAGCUCACCAAACCUGAGCGUCCAUGUCCUGAACAGUAUGCCAGCUUCUUGUCCAAACUUUUGUUUACGUGGUUUGAUCCACUGGCCUGGCUUGGUUAUAAGAAACCAUUGGAAAUGAAGGAUUUAUGGGAGAUGAACCCAGAAGAUUCGUCCAAAGAAGUCGUACCUUUGUUUGAAAAGCAUUGGCGGAAUACGUUGGAAAAAUGUGGCAGAGUUCCGCCAGCUACACAAGUGCAUGCAAAAUAUAAGCACAACAGAACUCAAGUGGACUUCAUACAAAGCCCGAAAAAGAAACAAGCAUCUGUAUUACCAGCGUUAAUAAAAUCAUUUGGACCAAUCUACUUGUUUGGGGCGUUUUUGAAGCUAUUGCAAGAUUUGCUCACAUUUGUCAGCCCUCAAAUAUUGGGCCUCUUAAUUUUGUUCGUACAAGAUAAACAAGAAACAUGGAAAGGCUAUUUCUACUCAGUCCUUCUCCUGGCUACCGCUAUGUUGCAAACGCUCCUGCUUUCGCAAUACUUUAACAGAAUGUUCGUCAUAGGCAUGCGUAUUCGAACCGCGCUCAUAUCCGCCAUAUACAGGAAAUCCUUGAGGAUAUCGAAUACUGCCAGGAAGGAAAGCACGGUGGGUGAGAUCGUCAAUUUGAUGGCUGUCGAUGCUCAGAAGUUCAUGGAUCUUACUGCAUACCUGAAUAUGAUUUGGUCUGCUCCUUUACAAAUUUGCCUGUCGCUCUACUUCCUGUGGAUGGAGUUGGGACCGCCAGUCCUGGCUGGAUUGGCUGUUAUGAUUACGCUUAUUCCAAUCAAUGGAUUUAUCGCGAAUAGAGUGAAAACCUUACAGAUGAAACAGAUGAAAAACAAAGAUGAACGUGUAAAAUUGAUGAAUGAAAUUCUCAACGGUAUCAAGGUGUUAAAAUUGUACGCAUGGGAACCAAGCUUCGAAAAUCAAGUAUUAAAGAUCAGAGACAAAGAGAUCAAGGUAUUGAAACAGGCCGCAUAUUUGAACGCUGGAACGUCAUUUAUAUGGUCUUGUGCACCUUUUCUGGUAUCUCUGGUGACUUUCGCAACGUACGUAUUGGUAAACGAUCGCGAGGUGUUGGACGCCCACAAAGCUUACGUAUCUAUAUCUCUCUUCAAUAUCAUACGGUUCCCUCUCAGCAUGCUGCCCAUGAUGAUUUCCAAUUUGAUACAAACAUACGUAUCAGUAAAGAGGAUAAACAAGUUCAUGAAUGCAGAAGAACUAGAUCCUGAUAAUGCUACACACGAACCAAAUAACGAAGAACCACUAAUCAUAGAAAACGGCACAUUUUCGUGGGGCGAAGAUCCAGUGUUGAAAAACAUCAACCUCCGAUUCAAAAAGAACACUCUAACAGCAGUAGUAGGCACAGUCGGUUCUGGCAAAUCCAGCUUAGUCUCAGCACUCCUAGGCGAGAUGGACAAAGGAUCAGGGCAUGUGAACACCUACGGGUCUAUAGCUUACGUGGCACAACAAGCUUGGAUUCAGAACGCUACGUUGAAAGACAACAUUCUUUUCGGAAAGCCUUUUAACAAGGAUAGAUAUGAUCAAGUUGUAGAGGCGUGUGCUCUGACCCCUGACUUUCAGAUGCUUCCUGCUGGAGACCUGACGGAGAUCGGUGAGAAGGGAAUCAAUUUGUCAGGAGGGCAGAAACAGAGAGUCAGCCUGGCUAGAGCUGUUUACUGUGAUGCUGACAUAUAUUUCCUUGAUGAUCCGCUGAGCGCGGUAGACAGCCAUGUUGGGAAACAUAUAUUUGAUAAAGUCAUAGGAAAGGAAGGACUCUUGAAUAAUAAAACAAAGGUUUUAGUGACACAUGGCAUCACAUAUCUACCUCAAACGGACCAGAUUGUUGUCUUGAAGAAUGGAGAGAUCUCUGAAAGUGGCACAUACAAGGAAUUACUGGAUAAAAAAGGUGCAUUUGCAGAAUUUUUGCUACAACACAUUACGGAACAAGCAGAAAGCGGCGAAGAGCUGGACGAAAUCAAAGACCAACUAUCCGGCUCAAUGUUAUCCGAAGAAGUACACAAACUGAGCAGAAACCGAUCUCGAAUAUCCGAAUCCGUAUCCGAAUCUGGUUCCGAUAAAAUGGGCAACGGAUCUUUGCAAAGACGAAGAUCAGAAGAAAGUCAAGAACGGUCGAUAAAGAGGGCCACGUCUGUUUCGACUGAGGAUGUCAAGAACGGGCCUGUGCAAGGGGAGAAGUUGAUCGAGGUUGAGAAAGCGGAAACAGGCAGUGUCAGUUGGGCGGUGUACAAGCAUUAUAUCAAAUCUAUUGGUUUGUUGUUAAUGUUGACUACUCUUGUACUGAAUAUGGUGUAUCAAGGCUUCAGUGUCGGCUCUAAUGUAUGGCUAGGAAUUUGGGCGGACGAUAAAGACAUAAUAAAGAAUGGUACAGUGGACACAGCUAGAAGAGAUAUGUAUCUGGGUGUAUACGGAGCGUUAGGAAUUGGACAAGUGCUGGUGAUAUUCAUGGCCUCGCUCGCUUUGUACGUGAGCACCCUGAAUGCCGCGAGGUCCCUCCAUGAGUUAGUACUGAAAAACGUCAUGCGAGUACCGUGCACCACCUUCUUUGACGUCACGCCUGUGGGUAGGAUUCUGAACAGGUUCUCGAAGGAUGUCGAUACUCUGGAUAACGUGCUACCGAUGACACUCAGGGGAUGGAUCACCUGUUUUUUCGCAGUGUUGGGUACAUUGGCCGUAAUAAGUUACACUACCCCUCUGUUUAUAUUAGUUGUGGUACCGGUCGGAAUCUUAUACUAUUUCAUACAAAGAUUCUAUGUAGCAACAUCUAGACAACUGAAGAGGUUAGAAUCGGUGUCUAGGUCACCAAUUUACUCGCAUUUUGGUGAAACUGUUACUGGAGCUUCGGCUAUCAGAGCAUACAACCAACAAGAAAGAUUCAUAGAAGAAUCAGAACGGAAAGUUGAUACGAAUCAAAUUUGCUACUAUCCUAGCAUCAUUUCUAAUAGAUGGCUGGCUAUCAGACUGGAAAUGAUUGGUAACUUGAUCAUAUACUUUGCUGCGCUAUUUUCUGUACUAGGAGGAGACAAAGCUGCUGGACAAGUUGGUCUGUCAAUUGCUUAUGCUUUGCAGAUAACUCAAACUCUGAACUGGCUAGUACGUAUGACUUCUGACGUUGAGACGAACAUUGUGGCUGUAGAACGUAUCAAGGAAUACGCUGAAGCGCCUCAGGAAGCCCCAUGGGUCAUCCCAGAAAAAACACCACCAAGCAGAUGGCCCGAUCAAGGAUCUGUAGAGUUCAAGAAUUACUCAGUGAGAUACAGGCCAGGUCUCGACCUUGUGCUGAAAGACGUUAGUUUCCGUAUUAAAGGCGGCGAGAAAGUGGGCAUUGUUGGUAGAACUGGUGCUGGCAAGUCUAGUCUGACAUUGUCCUUGUUUAGGAUAAUUGAGGCAGCUGAAGGCCAAAUUCUAAUCGAUGGAGUUAAUAUUUCUGACUUGGGAUUGCAUUCUCUACGGUCUAGAUUGACAAUCAUACCUCAAGAUGCCGUAUUAUUUUCUGGAACACUACGUAUGAACCUGGAUCCGUUUGACAAGCAUAGUGACGACGAAGUCUGGAAAGCUUUGGAACAUGCACAUCUGAAGGCGUUCGUCAAAGGGCUCCCCUCAAUGCUGCAACACGAAGUAACAGAAGGCGGUGAAAACUUGUCAGUAGGUCAACGACAAUUGGUAUGUCUGGCUCGAGCGUUGCUAAGAAAAACAAAAUUACUCGUUCUCGAUGAAGCAACGGCAGCUGUGGAUCUCGAAACAGAUGAUCUCAUACAGAGGACGAUACGUACCGAGUUCAACAAAUGCACAGUGAUGACAAUCGCACAUCGAUUAAACACCAUCUUGGAUUCAGACAAGAUUAUUGUCCUGGAUAAAGGCAAGAUAGUUGAAUACGACUCCCCAGAAAAUUUAAUCGCCAAUCAAAAGUCGAUAUUCUUCAGUAUGUACAGAGAUGCAGGUUUAGGUUAGGUUAAGUACAAUCAGUAAAGAAUCCUCUUCACAAUAAGCCAAGUUAACUGAAAUGGUUUAAGGCAAUAGACAGUGGCCAAUCAUCGCAAUCUAGUAUAAUGAAACGUGCUCCAUCACCAUGCCCAAACAUAGUGGUUGAUUUUGGCACAUUGGAAAGAGGAGACUUAACAUGUCACCAUGAAAUAGUUGUUUCCAGAGAUCACCAGUUAAUGAUUACAACACAAUUAUCUUGUGAAGAGUUGUUAUAUUAUCUGUUUAAAAAGUAUUUACCACAAUAUUUUAUUUACACUAAGUCAACCCUUACAUUUUUUAAUUCACCCCUAGAAAGUGUUUAUUUCUGAACAAAUCGAAAUGUUACAACAGUGAUAUUGAUCAAGUUAAUAUGUCACGUAAUAGCGUCAUUGCACUUUUGUAGUUUUGUUCUUGUCCUUUGUUGGUAGGUUCCAAGGUGCAACGUAUCAUUUUAUAAUGAAAAAUGGUACUUUUGUAAUCGAAAACUUAGUGUUUCUAUGCUUUAUAUUUUCUUAAACAUAUACCCGAGCUGGACAUGUUUAACCUUAGUGAUUUUUAAGGAAAAGAAAAUUGUGCAGAUGGCGUCCCUUAAGCAGUGAGAAUAUACAGAAUGCCCCAGAAAUAACACGCCAGAGUGACACGGGAGGUAGAUUGGCUUCAGAUCAAUCAGCUAAAAUCAAAAUACCUUAGCAAACGUUUUCUAGUUUCCGAGAUAUUGCUACUUUUGAGUUUUUUAAAAAAAUCCCGACUUUUUGCUCCUUUUAUGGCUAUAAAGAACUUCUAACUGAUGAUUUUUUUUCAUGGGCUACCAUUAAUAGUUGGUGGAGACAACAGAGUAUUAAUUUUAUUGAAAGCUACCAAGGUAUGUUGAAAAAAUUAUUACAUUUUGUUUCAAUGCGAAAACCGUUACUAAAGUUUGACUAAUAUCUGUGAAAAAAAAUAUACCAGAGUGAAUCGCAAAUGAUCCUAAAAAGUAGCCUAUUUAAUACUCUUAAAAAUAUUGUUUUUUUAUUUGUAGUAUUUCGCAAGUAUUACGAGUUCAAUGACAAAACUUGAAAUUAUUCAGUUUUUAGUAAAAAAACACCCUACAAAUGCUACUAUUUCUGACAGAACAUUAAAUGGCUAGUUUUUAAGGUCAUUUGCUGAUCACAGUCUGGCACAUUUUUUUAACAGUAAUUAGUCCAACUUUAGUAAAGGUUUUCGCAUUGAAACCAAAUGUAAUAAUUUAUUUCUUUUUUAGCAUACUGUGUUAGUUUUCAAUGAAAUGUGGUCACAACCAACUAUUAAUGGUAACCCAGGAAAAAAACAUAAGUUAGAAGUUCUUUAUAGCCAUAACAGGAAAAAAAGUAGUAGAAAGUAGGGAUUUUUUGAAAAAACUUAAAAGUGGCAAUAUCUCGAAAACUAGAAAACUUUUACUAAGGUCAUGUUGAUUUUAUCUGAUUGAUCUGAAGCUAAUCUACCUCCCCUCUCACUUGCGUGUUAUUUCUGGGAGACCCUGUAUAGUGGUUGCAAAAAUACAUAUAACUUAUUUUUUCCUGUUGGAUGACAUUUUAUGUAAGCAUACUAAAAUUAUUCGAGUAUUUCGUGUAAGAUUACCAAAAAAUGUGUUUUGUGGAUAAAAAAUCCACCACAGUUUAAAGCAUAGAGGUGUCGAGUAUCUGCUUCAAAGUGUAAGGGCCUGUACUUGUGAUUUAUCGUCCUUGAAAAAAAUCACCCUAGUUAAAUGUGUCCAGCUCCUGGCUCUUAUGCCAGAUGUACAAGUCGCAAAUUUUUUACUUGACCUUUUCCAGGAAAUUUUUGGCACAAUUUGUUACCGAAUUUGAAUUAUUGUACAUGUUAAUAGAGGUUCCCCUUGCAUGAUUUAUCAUCUAGGUACAAUAUAAAGACGUUAAGAUAUAUUGAAGAAAACAUAUUUACUUAUUUAUGAAUAAAUGCCGAAUAAAUGUACUUUAACUGUAGUACUUAAAAUCUUGCCACUAGGUCACUUUUUCUAAUAAUAAUAAUAAAUUGUCCUGUAUUUGGUUCCUUCGCAAAAUAUCAAAGUAUUUGUAUCUUACGAGGUUUGUUCGGAAAAUAAGUAUAAAAGAGGAAUAAUAACUUUAUUUUAUAAUUGUUCAGACAUUUCAAUAUGAUCUCCUUCAAACUACUCCCCCUGAGACAAAAUGCACUUCUGCCAACGCCGUUUCCACUGUUGAUACGAUCGCUGAAAGUCUUCAAUGGUGAGGCUCUUCAUUUGUCGUGUCGUUUUUGCCUUGAUGGCUUCCACAUCCCCUAAGUGCCACCCCCGAAGCUCCUUUUUACAUUUUGGGAACAGGAAGAAGUCGCCAGGAGCUAAAUCGGGUGAAUUCUGACACGGUAAUUGAGCUUCCGGCCAAAAACUCAAGCACAACGAGACAUGUAUGAGCAGGCGCGUUGUCGUGAUGAAGGAUCCACCUGCCCACUUGUGCCAAAUCCGGUCGAAUUCGGGCCAAACGAGCUCUGAGACGACGCAAAACUUCAUUGUAGAAAUUUCCGUUCACUGUCUGGCCGGGAGGGACAAAUUCCUGGUGAACAAUGCCUCGAGAAUCAAAGAAAACAAUCAAAAUUGUUUUCACAUUGGACCUUGAUCUUUUCGAUUUCUUUUUGUUCUGGGUCCCCGGCUUUCUUCCACUCCAAGGUUUGAGAUUUCAGCUCAACUUCGAAUUCGUAGAACCAAGAUGACUCGUUUCCAGUAAUGACCAGGUUAAGAAAGUCCCCCCUUUCCUCUGCUUCCAAACAGUCCUCACAGCAAGCAACCCACCUUGCUUUCUGUUCUGGAGUCAAGAGCUUCGGAACGAUUUUCGCGCACACAUUUUUCAUUUCAAGUUUUUCUGUCAGAAUUUCGUGGACGAUUGUUUUGGGGAUUGACAGUUCCUCAGCUAUCAUUCUAACUGUCAAUCGACGGUCUUUAAGAACACAGCCCCGAAUUGUUCAACAUUUCCCUCAGAGCUCGAUGUGUAGGGGCGUCCUGAGCGUUGGUCAUCUUGCACAUCUUCUUGGCCUUCCCGUAACCUCUUCACCCACUUGUUGACACUUGGUUCCUUCAGAGAAUUGUCUCCGUAAACUCAAAAAUCUCACGCCCAUUCUUGCCUAGCUUUACAAGAAACUUGAUGUUGAUGCUCUGUUCCUCGAUCAGAGAGAGCUCCAUGCCGGCGGCAGGUAAAAGAAGGGUUACUUUCAACAAGCACGCGUAAAUCCUACUUACUCGCAGAGCGCUACGGCUUGAACUGAGCAUAGACGGGAUGGCAUAGAGAGAGGGAACCACCGGACCAUCCGUCCACAACGCCUUGACACGACCUUCCGAGUUUUUUAUACGUAUUUUCCGAACAAACCUCGUAUAUUCUUUGUAACCUAUUAGUGAUAUAUUCUUCCUUAACUUCCAUAUCUACUUAAAUUGCAACUUUGACUUGGUAAUGUUAUAUUAAUUUUUCUAUUUCUCGGAAAUAGAAACUUUACCUCGAAUUCGAUUUAUUCAAACAUCACAUUAGUUAUAUUAUUUUUAGGUGCUAAUAUUUUUAUAAUACUUUUGUACUUAACUCGAGCUGUCACCCAAUCUUUUAUUUUUUUAUUGUACAGGAUGUAUGCAAUAAGUGUUGCGGCCUUUAUACUUCAUGUUGAUGUCUAAUAUAUGUAUAAGGUACAGUCCUGUUUAAUUCCAUUUAUAUUUUUAUGUAUUUGAUUGAAAUACAUAUUUCUUGAAUGUUA